AUGGAGGAAGGUCGAGCUGCGUCUAUUAGGAGUGAGGAUUUUGAGAUUGAGGAUCCAUUAGAAGAUGAUCACCUUAUGAACACUGAUGACGCUUUGAAUGACCAGAAAGGGAUAUGGAGCAGAAUUACGGAAUGGCAAUACCGAGAUCAGGCAGACACUGAAGCCAAUACAGGUGCUAAGCGUAUACCUUGGUAUGCGAGGUACUUUGUAAGAAACCUUGAAGAGAUUGAGAGACGAGGUGUACCGCUUUAUGAACUGGAUCAUGAAGGAAAUCUCCGACAUGUUGAUAGGGACGAGUACAUAUCCGAGACCAGAUGGUUUAAUCAAAUGACUGGCGAUUGGCUAAACACAUCAAAAUACUAUGAUUCACUAAGACUAACAAGGGGCAUGAAGAAACUAGCUGUUUUACUUUUGACAAUUGUAAUACUAUCAUUUUUAUGGAUGAAAGUUCUCACCAGUACCAAUAAUGAUAACCCAGAUCUUAAUAGACAUCACCAAUUCACCGAGUUUGAUCCAUUUAUUACUUAUUCAAAUGGUACACAUGAAUUCAACCCACUGAACAUUGUCAUUUCCUUGAGUGGAUUCUAUCCCGGACUGAUAUCAGAUGAACGCACGCCAUUUAUCAGUGCUUUGUUCAAACGGGAACAUAAUGAGAUACUGAAACAAAAUAUUACCACAAGUCCGUACAUGAGACCGCAAUUUCCACUACAAUCUAUACCUAAUAUGUGGACGAUGGUAACUGGGUUGUAUCCCAGCAUGCAUAAGAUGAUUGCCAAUAGCUUUUGGGACUCUAAGAACGAAGUAGAAUAUAGACCUGGCAUCAUCGAUCCCAGAGUAUGGGUGAACAAUAGCGAACCUAUAUGGGAAACAGUACAAAGGGCUUAUAAUCAUGACGACAAUAUGAAUUUCAAAGUUUAUGCCAAUAUGUGGCCUGGUAGUGACGUAAAUUAUACAUCUCUAAAUUAUAUCAAACUGGAACGUCAGCCUUACUAUAUGGAUGUCUUUGAUGCGCAAGAAACAAUGGAAACUAAGAAGAGUAAGAUAUUUAACUAUAUUGACACUGAAGAUAUAACACAAAGACCGCAGAUGAUUCUCAGUGUCGUGAAUGAUCUCGACACAUUUGGGCAUCUUCAUGGGUAUCCUAUAGAUAGAGACUCUCCUCACAAGGUGGAGUUCUUAGAUAAGCUGAAAAGCGUGGACCAAUUUAUUAACGACACAUUCGCUGGGUUACAUGAAAGAAAUAUGAGCGCAUUUACUAAUAUUCUGUUAGUGAGCAAUCACGGUAUGGCAGAUAUUAACUUUGACAACAAUGUGACUAUUUGGGAGGAUUUGAUUCACAAUGAAAGAGAGUAUUUACGUGAAAACGAUGUGAUUUCUCAUAUGUAUAUGGAGGGGGCAAGUCUCGGUAUCUACGUGAGGGAGGCGGCACACAUUAACCCUGUGUACAAGAUUAUCAAAAAGCAUAUAGAUCUUGAGCGGUACAACGUUUUCUUGGCCGGCAACUUCCCAAAAGAAUGGAAUUACGAUUCGAUUAACAAAGAUCUCGGUAGGGGUCCUACCACUAAUGCUGACACGGGAACUGCUGAUACGGGAACUGCGCAGCUCAAGGGAAGGCUUCCCACGAUAUGGAUAGUGCCAAAGAUCGGCAAUUCUAUCAUGCUGAAGGAAAAAUACGACAUUAUAGCAAAGAAAGCGAAGAAAGAAAAGAAGAAGUACCAUGGUGACACCGGACCUUAUGUCAUAGGAUCUCAUACGUUUAGCGAAGUUGACGAUGCAAGACUGCAGGCUCUAUUCAUCGCCACGGGCCCGUACUUCAAAGAUCAAGAGAUCGGACCCAUAAACAAUCUUGACAUAUAUAACUUGCUAUGCGACAUUAAUGGUGUGUCUAUCCGAGAUAGGAAUCCAAAUAACGGUACAACUUCCAUCUAUAGCUAA